AUGAUGGGCUACCCAUCUUUCCUUCGAGGUGCCCCUACUGUUGGGCGGUCCAUGGGCCGCUUCGACGAGUACUAUCGCUGCUAUCCAGUUGUCAUGAUGGCUGGGCCUGAUAGGAAUCAUGUCAACUUCGGCGGAAAAGUCUUCAUGCCACCCUCAGCCCUGGACAAGUUGACGAGAUUGCACAUUACAUAUCCGAUGGUGUUCGAGUUGAUAAAUGGGGCUGCUGGGAAGAGUACACACGCUGGUGUUCUUGAGUUCAUAGCAGAGGAAGGCAGAAUAUAUCUACCACAAUGGUUGAUGAGGACCCUGGAGCUUGAACCGGGCGAUCUUCUUCAGAUCAAGUCCACCGACCUGCCGCCAGGAAAGCUCAUCAAGUUGCAGCCACAGUCCCCAGCAUUUCUCGACAUCUCAGAUCCCCGAGCGGUGCUAGAAAAUGCAUUCCGCAACUUCUCCUGCCUGACCAAAGGCGACAUCUUUUCCUUCGAAUACAAUGAUCAGACCUACGACAUUGCGGUGCUGGAUAUCAAGCCAGACACAGAAUCGCAUUCUAUCGUAACGAUGGAAACAGAUCUUGAAGUCGAAUUCGCAACCCCGGUGGGAUACGUACCUCCAGAGCGAACAAGCGGAACAAGCACACCGAGAAGUGGCGUUGGAAGACCGCGCGGGGGACCGGUGCAUUUUCAAGGCACAAUGGCGCAGUCGAUCAACUAUGCAAGCAUAGCCCCGUCGUCGAACUCGGCAGAAGCAGGUGCCCGCGCCGUCUCUUCACAUUUCCUCACGGAGGGCCACAAGCUCAGCUCGAAAAAGAGCUCCAAAGCACCAACACCAAAUCCCUCAACGCCUUUGGCCGGGACGUCAACGAAUAAUGCACCGCCGCCUGCGAGGAAAACGAACGGGCCGCAACCUCUGCGUCUGCCACCCGGAAUGCUCUUCUUCGGGUACGAAUUGAAGCCUCUUCGGAAGAAAGAUGAGAAUGGCGAGCUUGUUGGUGGAGAUGAAGUCAAACCGCACUUUAAAGGUCAAGGACAGACGCUACGGCAGAAGAAACGCGGUGCUGGUGGGGGCGCCGACAGUGGAACAGCAAGUGGCGUCAAUAGUGAUGCUGAAGGAAAGGUGAAGCCAAAAGGUGCGAGCACAGGCACAGGACGGAGGUAG